ACAACAACAAAAAUCUAUGUCUACUACAAAUCUUUUUGAUGUUGGGGGUUUUUUAAAUAAAUUUAUUAAGUCGAGCAUCAUUUUUAGAUACAAUAUAGAGUCUGAAUAGCGGCGUUUUUUAUAGCGAGGGACCUUAAAUAGAGAGUAUCGUUUAGACAGCUCUCCUAACCCCACCCUAUGACCAGCCAACUUCUUUGUAUUGGGUUUAGUAUAGGAGUGUUUUUUUUAUUGGGGGCCGAUCGUCGUUCUAAAGUUAAUUCUUCUGCUUCGUUCAACCAAGCAGCUAGUGCAGAAUCACUUCAACACCAAACACCUUCACUAGAAAAUCUACUUUCAAAGGCACUUUUACAUAAUUAUAGUAUUCCUGAGGAAUCUAUGGCAACUCCUAAUUCGGGCAGUCCAGAGCCUAGAAUUUUACCGACAUUUGAAAAUUUACCUGGAAGAUUUGAUCAAAGAAAAGGAAGCGAAGAUGCUGCUGCACAAAGUGGACUUUCUAUUGGGGCAAGUUCAUUUGCCGGCGGUUCCCAACCCGUUCUCAAUACAAACACAUUUUCUAAUACAAAAGAACGUUGUCACACUGUUGAUUCAUCCAGUGAACGUUUAGAAGAAGAGGAAGAUCAACAACAAUGUACUGAAUCUUCUACUGAUACUAUUAAUGAAUCUAUUCAAAAACAUGAACAAGAAGUAGCUGAUCUUUUACAAUUUAUGGAUGGUCCAUUUAUGAUGCCACAAGAAUUAUUUGGUGGAGAUCUUAUUGAAGGUGAAAUAAUGAAGGGUUUAUUUUCUUAAAAUUAAGUGAGGAGUAAGCCUUCACUUUAAGAGAACCUCUAUUUAGGAUAAGCUUUUUUUGGAGUGGGGUGGCUACUGAAGUUGGAGAAGUCACCUAAGAGAUACUCUCUAUUUAAGAGACGCUUCUUAUAAAAUCCGAUUUUUAAUUUGAAGGCCAUUGGAGUAGAGGGAGUCGCCUCAUUAUUUUGGUGUAUCUAGGGGUAGAAUUUCAAGAGGAGGAGGGGAGUUUUAAAUUGGUUUGACACUAUUUUUCCCUUCCUCUCAUUUUGUAGAGCAAGUCUGGGGGAGUCAACUAACUGAUACUCUCUAUUUAUUAUAUACCUCAUUAUA